AUGUCUUUUAAAGCAGCAGGCAAACAUUUCAUAUUGACAAGAAAAGAAAUAAGCGGCGUUUGCACCGAGGCGGAAGUUACUGGCGUCGUGGGAAAGGUUCUUGAAUUGGGGCUAGUGAGCUCGUUUGCCGUCGCUGCGUUGAAAGUCAAAAAUAGAGUUAAUAAGAUGGAGGGGCUUGGGAAGUCGGUUGAUGAAUUGAAGGAACUUAUAAAGGAGCAGCGAAGACCCAAGAAAAAAAAGCAACUAUUUGCCGCUGUUAAUGAGAAGAUUGAUGGUGUCGAGCGAAGACUUGAUGAGAGGAUUGAUGGUGUCGUCAAAACAAGGCUGGAUAAUGUCGAAAAAAGCUGGAUAGGGUAG